AUGCUGCCUUUGUUACUUCCUAUAUCGUUCGUAGCGCUGUCGUCGACAGCUCCGAUGCUUGACUUAGAACCUGGAAAAGUGCAAGGAUUCGAGUAUAAAACAGAUAAUAACGAUGCCGCAGAGAUUUUCCUCAAUAUACCUUAUGCUUCACCUCCUAUAGGUGAGCUAAGGUUUGAGAAACCUCAACCUGUACCUCCUUGGCAAGGUAUUCGAAAUGGUACAAUAUUUGGACCAAAUUGCAUCCAAUUGGUGCCGUCAAAACAUGCAAGCGAGAACUGCCUCACGCUUAACAUAAUUCGACCAAAAUUAAAUAAUCAAACAACAAGUCUUCCAAUUCUUCUCUGGAUACAUGGGGGCGGUUAUGAAGUUGGUUCGGCCUUCUCUUUUGGAUAUGAAGGAUUCUUUUCCACCGGGGAUAAACGCAUGCCUGGGAAUUUAGGACUAUACGACAUGACCGAAGCUUUGAAGUUUGUACAUAAAAAUGCAAAACACAUUGGUGGAGAUCCGUUACGCAUUACAGUAUGGGGUCAUAGUGCAGGUUCCGCGGCUGCUGGUCAACUCAUUCUAAGCCCUAAAAGUCGAGAUUACAUCGCUCAAUCCAUCGAGAUGUCGGGCUCUCCUUAUGGAUCUUGGGCAAUAGGAGCAGGUGUAGCAAACAACUCUUUAGAAUUGGCUAAGAUAAGUACUAAAAUGUGGUACUGA